GCUGAUACCACUCGCCCGGCCGCGCCGCCAGUUUGCCUCGCCGCUACUCGUGGCUGCCUGGCUGCCUGGCUGCCUGUGUGCGCGCUCCGCAGUGACGCAACUCUUGCUCCGCACGCCCGCGCGCGCCAGACAACACCAGGCACCGAGGCGACGACUCUUCUGCUCCCCCUCCACGCCAAGCGCCUGCCACGUGCUCUCGUUGGUGCAGCCGAGGAGGAGGAAGACCUCGCCUGCAGACAGCCGACCGUCGCUGUAGCGGGGCCUCGCCGGCAGAUGGCGACCUCGGUCGCCUCGCCGGACGGAUGCUGGAGGUGAGGGCGCCAUGGCCUCGCCCUCCAUGGUGCACCGCGCGGGCGACGGCCUGGUCGUGCGCAGCGUCGUGAGCGGCGAACCGCUGUACGGCGGUGGGGCGGAGCCCCCGGAGCCCGACCCGGAGCCCUUGGAGCCGGACCCGGACCUGCCCCAGUGCAAGAUCAAGCGCAACUACUCGUGCCCCAGCUGCGCCUUCUACUCGCAGAACCCGCGCUCCUACCUCUACCACCUGAAGGAGGUGCACCGCCAGAAGAUCCGCGUCUACGAGUGCCCCGACUGCCUGUACGCGUCCAAGCACAGCCAGAAGCUGCAGCGCCACGUGCACAUGGUGCACGUGGUGGGCAGGGCGCGCUUCCGCAAGAGGAAGCCGCAACCGCCGCCGCCGCCGCCGCCGCCGCCGCCGCCGCCGCCGCCGCCGCCGGCCGCCGCCGCCCAGGAGUUCCCCUGCUCGGCCUGCAGCUUCUCCAGCCGCAGCCGCACGCUGGUGGCUCGCCACGAGCGCGUCGCGCACCUCAAGAAGAAGUUCUACCGCUGCGGCAAGUGCAGCUACGUGACGCACAUGAAGGCGCGCUACACCAAGCACGUCAAGUACCACUCGAUGCCGAUGAUCAAGUGCGACCUGUGCGACUUCCGCACGCCCUACAAGUGGAACCUGGACCGCCACAGCAAGAACCACAUGGGCGACGGCGCGUUCCGCUGCUCGCUGUGCAACUUCGCGGCGGACAUCAAGCAGAGCCUGACGGUGCACGAGAUGAACCACCACGUGCCGCCGGCGGGGGCGGCGCCGGGGGCGGGGGCGGGGGCGGGCCGGCGCCGCAACAAGGUGGGCGCCAGCGACUCGGCGCCGCCGCAGCUCAUCGACGCCCGAGAGCUGGAGCUGCUGCGGCUGGAGCGCGAGGACAGCGGCGACGCCUGCCAGGUUUCUAAUAGUGAAUCAGACACCAUGAUAGGCUCAGAAAACAACAUCAGUGAUGGUGAUGUAGGAAAAAACAGUGAAAAGGAGUGUGCCAAGAACAUAAUGAACUCAGUUUUAGGAGCGGUAGGUAACCGGCGAGUUAAACUUGCCAUGAAGAAAUACAGACAGUUAACCUCUCAGGAGCAAAACGAACGCCACAAUUUCCAAUCGGAUUUCAUACACCCGGACGACAUAAUUCACCACAAGAACGGCAAUGUGUACAUCAAGAACCUGAAGUGCAAGUUGUGCAGCUUCAAGGCGGCGUGGGAAGGAGAGAUGGCCAGACACGAGCUGAAGGUUCACGGCGUCAAAAGACAGGGCGUGCCGAAGCCAGCCGCGAAGAAAGCUCCGAGACCCGUCCCCAACCUCAUACCCAUCCAGAACAAGACGUCGCCACCGCGCAACUGCGCCUCGCCGACCCUGCCCAUCUUGAGAGUGCCGACGGUCAAAGGACGGUCGAACUCGUCCAGCCGCAGAGGAAGCGACACGGAAGCGCCGGAGAGUUGCAUGAGCGAAAGGGACCUCAACGAAAUAUGUGCGAAAUCGUGCCCCACCAGUUCUUUGAAGGACUUUGCAUCCCUCAUGGGUGGCGAGGACGCCUUCAAAACCGCGGACGACGAGACCGUUUCGAAACGGUCGGGGGUCCCGAGUGCGUCGAAGGUGGACGUCGAGCUCGGCAGCGAAGCGCCGCCGAAGGAGAGCUGUGGCUCGCCGGCGUGCGAAGCGUCCGUCUUCAAGAAGAAGAACGCGUCGUUCUUCGACAAGCUGAAGGAGAAGCUGGUGGCGGCGGAGACGUGCAACCUGGUGUGCUCGCGGUGCGGCCACGAGUCCAAGUGCCUCUCGGAGCUGGUGCGUCACCAGCAGUCGCACGGCGAGCAGGACUCGGGCCCGGGGCCGGACGCAGCCGACGGGACGAGCAGCGUCCCGGUCGCCAGCGGGGCGGAGCUCUCGUCCACCCGGUGCCGCCACUGCCGGCAGCGCUGCAAGACGAGCUCGGCCCUCGUGGUCCACCUGCAGUCGUGUGCGGAGGCGAGCAAGAAGAAGCUCCAGGACAGGCUGCUGCGGGAGCAGAGCGCCAUCUUCGAGGACGAGGAGGAAGUCGGCGACGUGGAGAUAAAGCAGGAGGCGGAGGACCCGGAGGAGUCCCGGGGUCCGCACCCGAUGGAGAACAAGGUGUUCGUGUGGAACAGCUUCCCGCAGUCGCGGGAGGCCUGCAGCAAUGCCGACGACGAGAGUCGCAACGCCUCCGGCCGCAGCAAGUCCCCGGUCAGCGACGGCAGUCUGGUCGGCGUGGAGACCGCCCCGGGCUACGGGGCUGUCACCAGGAAGAUAACCAGGCAGGUCGUCUCGAAACCUGUUCUGAAGGACUCUGGGAAAGCAGCAGUCGCUGUCAAGAAGGUGUUCAAGUGCCCGCACUGCCUGUUCUGGGCCUCAACGGCGUCCAGGUUCCACGUGCACAUCGUGGGCCACCUGAACAGGAAGCCGUUCGAGUGCUCGCAGUGCGCGUACCGCUCGAACUGGCGCUGGGACAUCACCAAGCACAUCCGGCUGAAGUCGGCGCGGGACGCCGGGCAUGGGCGGGCGCGCGUGCUCAUGACGGACGAGACAGGCCGUCGCAACUACUCCAAGUACAACAAGCACCUGACUGUCAUGAGGGUGCAGGGGUCGGGGGCGGAGAGCAGCGGCCGGCGCUCCCGGGAGUCUGCCCCCGCCGGGCUGCGCCCCCCGCCCCCCCUCAGGGCCGCCCGCACCCUGUUCCCCUCGCAGCCCGGCUCCGAGAGCAAGAGAACACUCUGGAAGUGCAAGAAGUGCAACUACAGGGACGUGAGUCGCGAGCUGGUGUUGGCGCACGUGAAGCAGCACUACCAACAGCGGUCGCAGGCGGCCAACAGCGACUCCUCAGAGGCAAGUGUCGGGCGGGGCCAGGCACCUUUCCGGUGCGGCCACUGCCACCAGGUAUCAAACUGGAAGCAUGUCAUUCAGCGCCACUGCCGCCUGAAGCACAGCGGGGACGUGCGCGUGCUGCUGGGACGGAGGGCCGGCACGGCGGAGGGGGAGGACCCGUGCUCGGCGUCGGAGCACGGCGGCGACCUGCACAGGCAGCUUCAGCACUUCCAAGCACAGUCUGGAAGCUGCGAGAAGUGCCCUUUCGUGGCCAACUCUGUGGACGAACUGACGUCUCACAUGGAGCAACACAUGUCUCGGCCCGGCGCUAUCUUCAAGUGCUAUUAUUGCCCCUUUUACGUCUCAUCGAAAAGAGAGCUCCUGCAGCACAUGUCCCUCCAUGGAGUGCCGGAGCCCGACUCUGCACAGUCGAAGCUGGCCUCCAAGUCAAACACUUCCAAGUCUGCCGAGGGAGAAACACGAGAGGUAACACGCCAGUAUCAUAAUGCAGACAUCAGCCUUACCAAACGGUACAAGUGUGUCGGUUGUCCGUACGUCAGCAACAGCAAGAGCCAGUUCCUGUACCACAAGCAGUUCCAUCGACCUCGUGGCGCUCUGUUCAAGUGUAGUUUCUGCUCGUACAACGUGAGCAGACGUCACUUGCUGCACCAGCACCUGAGGGUUCACGGCAUUCUCGUGCCCCCGCAGAAGUCCCCUGCCAAGUCGCCGCAGAGCCCCGACAAGGAUCAGCAGGACUUGAGCGAUGAAGUCGCAGACGAGAUAGAAGAGGUGUCGCUGGUGUCGCCGAGCAAAGUGCCACAAAAGCAGGCCCUGGACACCCGACGCUUGCCGCACAUACCGCUCGUGUGGGUGUCCCGGUCCGGCAAGUUCUUCAAAAUGUUCAAGUGCAGGUUUUGUCCCCAUGUUAACGUGCGCAAAAUAAACAUACAAGAACAUGAAAAGAUGCAUCGUGUGCGUAGGAGGAAUGCCAGCGCGGUUCAAGACAGUGUGAAGGAAGAUGGUUCCCACACGCCGCAAGUACAGCAGCACCGCUGUCCGGACUGCAACUACAGUUGCAACAAUGCCGGUGUCCUCUCGUCGCACUCCAAAGUGCACCAGGGCAUGCAAGGCCAGGUGCAUUGCUUGGUUGAUGCAACGAAGAGUGAUGCAGCGCAGCUACGAGAGCUGAACACAUCUCUCAUGGACUUUGUGUGCGCCACAUCUCAAGAAGACAAGGAACACAGGGAGGAACUAGCAAACUUGCAGUUCAACAUUCAGAACACUUUGGUGAAUGGUGAUUCGUUCGAUAAAAGUGAAGAGGAAGCCAAGCGAAUUUUGUAUUUCUGUUCCCAGUGCCCUGCAAGGUUCCUUUUCGAGAAAGAAUUGAACAUUCACGUAAGAUUUCACGAGAUUCGGUUGGCUCAUCGUUGUGAAUCAUGUUCGUACACUGCGAGGCAGCGACAUCACCUCCUGUCGCACCUCAAAGUUCAUUCUGAUGAAUAUCAGGAGAAAACAGAUACUUUGGUCACUAUGUACGAAACUUCAGAGCGACACACACGACCGCAAACGGACAAGAUUCCAGAUCAGUCCACAUCCUUAUGGGUUGUUGUGGACUCGCUAAAUGAUGUCAAUUUUGUCGAUGUCUCCAGUGUGAAUAGCAGUCAGGAUGGCAGUCGUGCAGAAACUGCAGGUACUCCAUCCGAGUCGAAGAACCCGACUCGACAGUUUGCCUGCGGCUUGUGCCCAGCCAAGUUUUUUAAAAGUGUAGCGUUAGAGUACCACAAGUCACUUCACGGGGGGACGGGACAGUACAAAUGCUCGCACUGUACGUAUGCAGUUAAAUCUCACGGCAACCUGGUAAAACACCAGACUGUGCACAAGUCGAUGCCUAAAGAAAUAACACCCGCUGCUAAGGAAUAUGCUUCUCCUAACCCAGUUCCCUUGUCUGGUACAGAUCUGUUCCAACAGAAAGAGGCUCAAAAGCAGAUAGCUUCGAAAGAAAACAUGAACAUCAGUAACAAUUACAAGAAGCAAGCUGCCGGGUAUGCAUCCUUGCCCUGUGAUCCACAGUUUGGCAUCCUGAUGCAUGGAAACCCAGACUUCAUCUAUCCUACGUACCUAAAAAAUGGCCGGCUCAAAGAAAAGAGGUACAAAUGCCACAAAUGUCCAUCAGCAUUUGAGAAACGAGAACAGUACAAGGUUCAUCUGUCCCUCCAUGGUUCUAAACAAAGAUAUAAAUGUGAGAAGUGUGAUUAUUCUGUGAAAUAUUACGCAAAUUACAUCCAACACAUGAAAAAGCACCAGACGAAUGACGAAGCACAAGCAGCUCGUAGAAAAGAGAAAGGGCUGGAGGAAACUGGCGAUACGAACAUUGAAGCAAGGGAAAUGCGUGAGGAGGCAGCAGUGUUUGAGAAGGCUGUCACACCAUUGAAAGCUCACGCUGGUAAAGUUAUCGGCUCGUCAGUGGACAAACAGGGUAACCUGACCGUAGCUGAACGACAGUAUCUUCUGCUCCAGCAGCACAGGCGGUUGAACAGCAACAGUUUGCGAGAAGACGAGCAGCGUAAAGUGUUCAUGUGUCCCCACUGCCCGUACUCGAGUCUGCGGCGAGAUGGUCUGGAGAGCCACAUCAAGCGACACAUGGCCGUCUCGGGCGUGUGCAGCUCGUAUGUGUGUUCGCAUUGCGACUAUACAGCCCUUCAGCUUCAUUUCCUGAGGGAGCAUAACAAAGUGCACUUUCUCUCUCCAAAAAAAUCGCGAGCAGAAGCGUACAUGAAGUGUGACUGUAUAGAACUGUGGGGUUGUGAGGUUCCAGUCACGCAUGAAACACCUGAAGUUGAAAAUGGUAAACUUUCGGAUAAAAAGUUGAUAUUUCGAGAUUGUGGGUCAGCUGCCAGCGAAGGUGAAAGAUUUUGCCCACGCCUGCCUCCGGACGUUCUUUGUGGGAAAGAAGAGUCCGACAGUGAGAAAAUAUAUCUGGAUUUCAAAACGUGGGGUCUUGUGCCGGAAGAAGAAAUUGAACCCGCGGACGGGAAGUCGAAGGAAUGUGUACACGAUGAGGCUAAGUCACAAAGCAGGGAGAAAAAUGUUGGCUGCCAACCACACAGCAGAGAAACGCAAACGCUGCCUUCACCUAUGAAAGGCAUGGGGGGAAAUGAAACGUCGGGGAAUCGUGAAAACCCCCAGAAGAGAAGAAAAUGUGAAGCAAUACUGUCUAACAAAAAGACUGGUAAAGUUCCUAAAUUAGGAGAUAAAAAAGUGUGUAAUUUUGGUGGUGAGUUUCACCAGAGUAACACAGAUAAAGAAGAGAAUGGAGCAGAAGCAGCCACACUGUCACAAAGUAAUUUUAUAUUGGCUGACGAAAGUAGUGUAGCUGUUAAAGCAAUGAAUAUAGUUCAUGGUAUCGUUGCAGCACCUGUAGAAGUACAAGUCAAUGACAUUGAGAACGAAAAUUCUUCCUCAUCAUCGUCAUCAUCCUCAUCUUCUUCAUCUUCCACAUCCUCCACUUCUUCAUCAUCCUCUUCCUCCUCUUCAUCUUCAUCCUCCUCAUCUUCUUCAAGCUUGACCUCAUCCUCAAACAGCAAUGGAAGUAAGUCUGAAUCAUCGAGUAGCUCUGACAUUAAGAAAACUGAUCAUGUAGACAUCAACAUUCUGAACCCCAAUCUUUCUGAAGACAGUGAAAGUGAGGAAGAUAAAUUGUAAAAACUUAUUCUUAGAUAAACUGUGUACUAACUUCACUGACUGCAUUUACAUUUUUUAAGAAUAUUGUGUAAUUAUAUAAUGUGUAUAUAUAUGUAAAACACUAUUUAAUUAAAAUUCCUGUUAUUGUUUGACAUGAAAAAGAUUUCAUCUGAAAAAAAGUUCAAGUAUUAUUAGCACAGUUAAAGUGGUUUCACACAAAUAUUUUUUUUAAGGACUUAUCCAACCUGUUUUGUAAUUAAUAUUGUUGGAUUACAUUUUUUAGGAAUAUAUUGACUUGUCAAACAUAAUAAGAUAGAUUUUCACAUUUUUUUGUUACCAUGAACUGUAUGAUAAUGCAUGCUUGCAUUUACACUUGGUUACUUGUGCAACAUUUGACUGUUACAAACAGUUAACUUAACCAUUUUCAGGUAAUGUAAAAAUUUGCUAUGCACAGAGUAAAAUUUGCUAUGCACCUGUUGUAAGCUCAUUGUUCAAAGAUUCAUUGAUCAAAAUUUUGUUACAGUAAUGUCUGUGUGUAACACUGCACUGAGUGAAAAUCUUUUAUUAUCCUACAGGUUGCAUUAUCUCUGAGAACAUACACUGUACAGAAGGAAAAAAAAAACUAGAAGUAAAUUACUGUAUUACUUGCAUACUGUAUAAA